AUCCGAAGCCUCAACGGCGGAGAACAGGCCGGACCACUUGCUUGGUUUCCGCAAACCAAGCAGCGGCGCAUAUCCGAAUCUGACUUCUGAGUGUUGCUGAGUGCAGGGCGUAGAUCUUGCACCCAGGUAUCGCAAUUCUUCCUCGGUCUCUCGUUCUUUCUACCCCUAAGCCGCGCCCUCUUUCAUCAUCGCUGCACUCCAUCGGAACGUCUUGUAGACGACCUCAGUUCUUCUCGUUCGUCCAACAUGCCGCUUAACGACGACUUCCUCUUCAAUUUGAGGCAAUUCUCGAACAGCGAGAGCGGCAGCAACCGAGAAGCUGGCGGCUCCUUGGGAGAAGGUACCGCUGCUGCUGGUACUGCUCCUCAGGACUCUUCCUCCAUCCUUGCCGGCUUGAACGCCUUCACUCCCGAAGACCGUGAUGGUGAAGGCGCUACGAGCAAAGACUUUGCUGAACAACUCGAACUGUGGACCAACGCCAACUUCUCCUUCGAUGGACCUACCGGUCAUGCUCUGCUCCUCGACGACGAAAAGGAUGCCGAGGCCAAGAGAGAGGAGAAUGAGCGCCAGGAGAAGGAGCGUGAGAGGGAGAGCAACAACACCAACCGCGCGGAUGUCAGGGCCGGUAAGACUCGAGAGGGCUUGAGGGCAUCCACUGGUCGCAACGACGACGGCAACGCUGCUUCCAGUGCUGCGUCUGCUCAUGAAGCAGCAAUGCUCCGUGAGCACAAGAUUGCCACUGAUAAGCUCCAGUACUUUGCGCCUCCUUCUGCUGCCGCUGGAGAAGGUCGACGACCUGGAUAUCCCGCUGCCACCAAUAGUCAGCGAGACACCAGGCUCCGAAGGCACGCCGAGAACGAGAUGCCCAACGGCACUUCGGAGCAGCCACUGGAGCAUUCCCAGCAGCCUGUCAUGACCGGCGAGAAUGCUUUCUCCCAGUUCAAUCUGCCUCCACAAAAUGCCUCUGGCUCUUCUCAACAGCAGGUCAACGGAAGUGCCCCUCUCGCUGCAAUCCCUGGCUUGCCCUUCGGCGUCUCCCCAGAGUUGAUGCAGGCAAUUGCUUUCCAGCAGAUUUUGUCUGGAACUAACCCCUACAACAAUCCUCUCAACCUGCUCGCCCAUGCUCAGAAUGGCUACGCUGGGGCAGGCUACCCUGCUGCCAACGGCGCAUUUGCAUCUGGGUUCGAGAGUCACGGCGGACCCACUGCCCCCCAGACCUUUGGUGCGCCAGCUUGGACUCAGCAGGCAGCUACCACCGAGGACAAAGAUCAGGCGCACAGCAACGAUGGGUCUGGUUCAUCGACCCGAGCCUCGUCUGCCAACCUGCCCUCGUCGAAGAAGCGUCGAAUCUCGACCAAGGAGGAGAGGGAGAGAGAAAAGGCCGAAGAGGAGGAGGAGACGGCUCGAGACAUUCGAGACGAGAUUCCGCCUCUCAAGCUGAUCGACACUGGCAACCCUGAAGCCGAUGCCGAGGCCAAUCGAGCUGCCAUCGAAGAGGACAAGCGCCGACGAAACACCGCUGCAUCUGCCCGGUUCCGCGUCAAGAAGAAACAAAGAGAGCAAGCCCUUGAGCACAGUGCAAAGAUUUUGGAGGACAAGGUCAAGGCCCUGGAGGAUGAGAACGCUCGUCUCAGCACCGAGAACGGCUGGCUCAAGAGCCUCAUCACCAUUAGGCCCGGCACCAUGACGCCUACCAUUCAGCACCCAUUCCCUACUACAAUGCCCGGCAGCAACGCUCAGCCCGGGAGGGAUACUGGUCUCCACCCUCGAGGCGUGGGAACUCCUCUUCACCAGCAACAGCAAAGCGCUUCAGGUGGAGAGCGAUCCCGCGAAGGAUGAGGGAUGCUCUUUCAACUUUCGAGCACCUGAGCUUCAAAGAUAGAGCGCGCUCUCAGCUACAGCCCUGAGCGCCUCGACAUCUCUUCCUUCUCCCUCUUCUCAUAUGGAUGUCCCUCUGAUCCAUCCCUUGUAGUAUCUGCCCAAAAACGAAUGGUCCAUACCCUCUCUUCUAUUCGGUUUCCCCCCCUUGUUGUAGUCUCUAUGCUCUCCAGUCACAGGUCGCGAAAGGCACAGGCGCGAAGCUUCGUCGACUACUGCCGUCAGAGCAGGCCGUCUGGUUCUCGUCUCUGUGUCUGUUCUGUAUCGUCGUCGCCAUCGAUUGUUGC